CCAGAGCAGCGAGGGGACAAGGGAGCUGAGGUGAACAGAGAAGCCACAGCUCUCUUGCUCGCUCCAACUUCCUUUUCUCCCUGCAGAUGCUGGAAGGCUGAAUCAAGACAGCAGUGAGGACGUGACUGCAGCAGCUGCCACAGAUAUCUUAAUCUCCCUGUUGACCUAGAAUAGGUCUUGUCUACUUCCACUUGACUCUCCAGCCACCUUUGGGAAGCUGGUACUGGUGCAGGCUUCGAGCCUGGAGCCCAGGUUUGGGUCCUGGCUUAACUACAAGGCUGCCACUGAACCCCAAGCAAACGCUUUGCUUUCGUGUCCUAAGAGCAGUCAGAGUUCUCUGCCACGUGGGAAGUUCAAGGUCCUCCCCCCUCCAUCCAGGUCUAUAAAGCAGGUCUUGGCUGUCUCACUGGAAACAGUCUAUGUUGUCCCUUCCAAAGCUUCCCCGGUCUUCCCAAAGCUUGCCCCGCAUCCCUUCUCUGAGAUCUCGGGAAGGUGCUGAGGAUUGAACCAGAGCCUUGGACACACUCAGCGAGGCCAAGAGGAUCCCAGCAGAGGACAUGGAUGCACGCGUGUCCCUUUUUGUCUGCCUGGGCCUUCUGGCUGCUCAAAGUAUCCCAGCAGAAACAAUACCAGAACUACUGACCUUGAUGAAGAACCUGGAGCGGCCCAGAGGCCGGACCUUGUCUUCCAGAGUGAAUCCCAGGCAUAUCCAUCACCUGGAGCAGAAGCUGCUCAACGCCAGCUUCUGCGGACACAACCUGACGCUGCAGACAAACGCCAUCCAGUCUCUGAUCUUCAAGCUGGGUUGCAGCUUUCCUGGCCUCUCCCUGUCCAGUGCCACCCUACCAAGUGUCCCCCAGGCCUGGGCCCCACAUGGCAUGCAGUUUCCUGCUGAGCUGACCAAGGAUGCCUGUGUGGCCUCCCAGCCUGUCGGACUUCGACUCAUCUGCAUCUACUUCUUCACGGCACAGCUCUUCCAGGAUGACAGUAACUCAUCCCUGCUCAACAACUAUGUCCUGGGGGCCCAGCUGGAUCACAGGGCUGUGAACAACCUUCAGAAUCCCGUCAACAUCAGCUUCUGGCACAACCGAAGUCUGGAAGGGUACACGGUGACCUGUGUUUUCUGGAAGGAGGGAGCCGGCCAGCACAGCUGGGGGGCCUGGAGCCCCGAGGGCUGCUAUACAGAGCAGCCUUCACCCUCUCAGGUCCUCUGUCGCUGCAACCACCUCACCUACUUCGCAGUUCUCAUGCAGCUCUCUGGAGACCCCGUGCCCGCUGAGCUACGGGUGCCUCUUGAGUACAUCUCCUUGGUGGGUUGCAGCAUCUCUGUCGUGGCCGCGCUGCUCACCAUACUACUGUACGCCCACUCCAGGAAGCAAAGUGACUCCGUCACACGCAUCCACAUGAACCUGCACGGCUCUGUUCUGUUCCUGAACGUCACCUUCCUUCUGAGCUCCCAGAUGGCCCUGCCCACAGUGCCCAGGUCAGUGUGCACGGUGCUGGCUGCCACCCUCCACUAUGCGCUGCUCAGCUGCCUUACCUGGAUGGCCGUCGAAGGCUUCAACCUCUACCUUCUCCUGGGGCGCGUCUACAAUGUCUACAUCCACCGAUACUUGCUCAAGCUCUGCGCGUUGGGCUGGGGCUUUCCAGCCCUCUUGGUGCUGCUGCUUCUGGUGAUCAAGAGCUCAGUGUAUGGACCCCACGUGAUCUCUUUCUCCAAAAGCCAGGAAAAUGGCACAAGCUUCCAGAAUGUGUCCAUGUGUUGGGUGCGCAGUCCCAUGGUACAUAGAGUCCUGGUCAUGGGCUAUGGUGGCCUCACUUCUCUGUUCAACCUGGUGGUGCUGGCCUGGGCUCUGCGGAUAUUGUGCAGGUUACGGGCGCAGAAGAAGGCGCUGAGCUCCUGGGCCUGCCGGGACACCGUCAUGGUGCUGGGCCUCACGGUGCUCCUGGGCACCACCUGGGCCCUAGCCUUCUUCUCCUUUGGUGUCUUCCUGCUGCCUCAGCUCUUCCUCUUCACCAUCUUCAACUCGCUCUAUGGUUUCUUCCUCUUCCUGUGGUUCUGUUCGCAAAGACGUCACUCAGACGCCCAAGCCAAGGCGGAGAUGGAGGCAGUCAGCUUCUCCCAGACGACACAUUAACCCAGCUCCCGGCCUGCAGCCUCAGCCUCUCCGGCUUCCAGCAGCCCACGGCCUUGGCUCAUCCAGGGACGGUGGUGGGCAGGUUGUGGAACACCGGAGUCCACUGUACCCUCAAGGGAUCCUUUUCACCUCCCAGAAUUACCUAGGGCAGAAGGCAGCAUGGGGCUCCUUGUCCUGGUCCUUCAUGCCUGGGUGCAGCUCUAUUGGCCAGGCUAUGGCCUACCAGCCAGGAGGUUACGCCAGACUGGAUCACACCUUGCACCCUGCUCAGCACUUACAGAUACAGCGUUGUGGCCUGUUUCUGGGGCCAUUCUUCCUUUUGCCAGUCCCAACUGAUGAAAACUUCAAGUUUCUAUCUUUCCAAAGGUCAAGAAAUCCAGCCCUUCCCCCUCCUUAACCACACAGCCAAGACCAGGCCUCUGUGUCUUUCCCUGAAGCAGAGCCUGCUGGGCUUGAGGGAUCUAGCUGCUAGCCCACUGUGUAGGCCAAAUUUUCCUGGUGGACAUGAGAGUGUGUGUUCAAAAUCUACAAACUCUGCCCACAAUGGGAGAGCAUCUGUGCUGCCAGUCAGACCAGAUGCGAGGCAGUGCUUUCCCCAGGAUGGACAGUAGGGGGCGCUGUUGGCUUGUGUGCCAAAAUUGCCCCUGGAAAUGCAGCUGUUACCUACCUGUCUGAGGACCCAUCGACCAGUAGGAGAGUCUGGGGCCUACAACACCAUUGUCUUUCACACAUCCAUUGUCUCUUUCUCUGUGCAGCCAAACAAGGUCAUGGUUGGGGGUUCCUGGCACCUGAGUAGGUGCCUGGGGUAGACAUCAGGUAUACCAUGUACUUGAACCACAGAAAGGGAAUCAGAGCUGGAUGCCGUCCUCCUGGAGGGUCCUCUGCCUUCCUGUACAUUUCUGGGUAAUCAUGUCUCCAUCUUCCCAGGGUGACCUCUGAGUGUUUCUGGGUAAUCACGUACUUAGCUCCUCACUGGCUGGGGAGUGUACAGGCUCUGGACCAGGCUGCCUGGGAUCAGACGCCAGGUCUGUGGCUGCGGGCAAGUUGUUCAGCCUCUUUGUGCCUUAGUUUCCCCAUCUACAGCAGGGACAGCAGUAGUAACUAUUUGGAAGAUUCAGUAAAAGAAAAUCCACUUAAGUCUAACUACAUGAGGCCUCAAUAAGUGGUCACUGCUAUUAUUAGAUUUAUAUUAUAAUUUUUAUUCUAAUUA